AGAUGUGUCUGCUUUGGCGAGAGGCGUGAAGCAACGCUACAAAAAAUUCAUAUCACGAGCCGUUACAAGACAAAACGCCAACCCUCUUUCUCUCUUGGUGUUUCUCACUCAACCAUCUCUCACAGUCCUCUUUCUUCUUCCAAGCUAGCGCCAUAGCUUAUAUCAUAGGCUCCAUCUAGACCUCUCAUCACUUUCUCUGUUACUCUUUCUAUAAAAGUCAGAGCUCUUUCUUUCUCUUAUUACAGUUUGCCUUUUGAUCCAACCAUGGUUGAUCUACUUAGGCAGUCAUGGAAGUUUGUAAUCCUAAUUGUCCUCUAUGUUCAUUCCAUCCCUCAUGUUCAUGCCCUUAAUAUUGGUGUUCAAGACACAGAUACUUCUAUUGUUCUGAGUAAAGAUUGCAGUAGAACGUGCGAAUCUGAGUUCUGUACAGUGCCUCCAUUGCUAAGAUAUGGAAAGUAUUGUGGGCUUUUGUAUAGUGGAUGCCCUGGGGAGAAGCCCUGCGAUGGUUUAGAUUCUUGUUGUAUGCAGCAUGAUGCUUGUGUUCAAUCUAAGCACAAUGACUAUCUGAGUUCAGAGUGCAGCCAAAAUUUUCUAAAAUGCAUGUCACAGUUCAAAAAUGCAAAAGGACGAACCUUCAAAGGUAGCAAAUGCAAAGUUGAGGAUGUUGUGGAAGUCAUCACAAUCGUGAUGGAGGCUGCAUUAUUUGCUGGAAGAUAUCUCCACAAACCUUGACAGAUAUAGAGCCCCACCCUUUCUACUUGAUUCUCAACGUUUCAUUUUUCCUUGUUAAAAUUAAUUUUGUUUUUUCGUGCAUAGUUGGAAAGAACUUCAGACCAGGAACAAAUCAGAAAAGGGAAAAGCUUGAAAGAGAAGCAUAAACUCAAAUAUGCAAUUUUUCAUCGGAGAAAUGCCAUAAGCCAUAAAUUUAACCCUGAAGGACAUCUGCUUGCAAAAAAUCAAGCCCCAAUAUUGUAUCAAAGAAGAAGUAAUAAAUUGAGCCCCAUAUCCUAUUAUCUA